UAUUUGUAUAAAUAUGGUGGUAAUUUCGUCCAAGUUUUUACUCAUCAUGUCAGCCAAGCUAAUAAACACCAACAAUCUUAUAAGUCAAUCAUCUGGUUAUAUAUUCAAAGCCUCUGUUUAUAAGUCUUUAACAUAGAUAUUCAACUUGAGUGUAUACAUUUUUAUUCCCCUCCUCAUAACUUACUAUCUCCUAUCGACCUCGUUUGAAACAAUGACGACCAUUCGCAAAGUUGUUAUCGCCGAGUUUGGUGAUGCCGAUGUUGUCAAAGUGGUUGAUGACAUCUGCCCACCCCCACCACCAGGCCAUGUCCAGAUAGCAGUUGAAUACGCAGCCUUUACUGGCGGCGAUGUCAACAUGCGAAAGGGUAUCUACCCUUUUCAGAAGAGCCCACCUUUCACUCCCGGGUAUAGUUUGGUCGGGACCGUCCGCGCCAAUGGUGAAGGUUGCAAAGCAUUUCAGCCCGGCGAUGUUGUAACGAUCCUGUCCAAAUACGACGCCGAAGCGCAACUUUGCAACCAGCCCGAGAAAUACUGCAUUAAAGUACCCGAUGGCGUCGACCACCAGCAAGCAACGGUGCUGCCGUGCGACUGGAAUACGGCAUAUGCGAUGGUUAUGGAUACGGCAAAGGUUUCGAAGGGUCAAAGUGUGUUUAUCCACGGCAUCAGCGGGUCCGUCGGUACGGCUCUCAUGACUCUGUGCAAAUUACAGGGAGCCGAAGUAUACGGCACGGCCAGUCAGCGCAACCACGAUGACAUCCGCGCAUACGGCGUCACCCCGUUCGUAUACACGGACAAGAAGUGGAUGGACAAGAUGAAGGAACUUGGGGGUGUGCAUGCUGUCUUCGACCCGCUCGGAUUCGACAGCUUCGACGAAAGCUUCUCCAUUCUGGCACCGGACGGCAUACUUGUAGCCUACGGAAACAACGGAAAAGCGCUUGACGGACAUAAUAAGAGCCCGACGUGCCAUAUCAUAAAAAUGUUCGCGCGCGGUCUUAAUCCGAUGAAUAGCAAGCGCACCACCUUCUACGGAGUCUUUCGCCAAUCGUCUACGUAUAAACCCCACGUCACGACCUUGUUGAACAUGGUGAAGGACGGGACCAUCAGGGUCCCAAUCAAGAAAAUUUGGGAUUUAGAGGAUAUUCAGAGCGCGCAUCGGGAAUGGGGUACCGGGAGCGGGAUUGGGUCUCUGCUGAUUAGGAUUCCUCAAAAGUAAAGCUCAUUGGCGAGCUAUUUAAAACUCGGGCAUUUCUUUUUAUUUGGGGGUUCAUUCGCGAAGAGCACAAUAGCGAAAUGUGGUGUUUGAUGGUAGCGUUUGAUGGUAGCGAGUUGAGUACAUGGUUGGAUUGGACCUUUGAUAAGCUAUUGCGAUAUAUAUAAGAUGCCUGUUAUAUAUAAGAUGACUAGGUUACAUGUAUUUACUUUAUAAAGACAAGUGAUGGUAUAUUGUGAUAAAAGUGGUUAGUUACAAUGGUAG